AGGUACAAGCUUUAAAACGUUACAGGCACGUCACGUCGGCGGUGCUCGCAUUGAAUUGGCGUCGAACACCGGAUUCAGAAAGUCGUCUUCACCAAUACAAAUACUCUGAAUAAACACAUACACAUGCAUACACAGAAUCGAUAGAUAUACAAUUUUUGAUUUUUUCAGAGUUCUGGCUAAAGAAUAGUCACAUACAGAAGAGCAAGCUAUUCGUUUUGAUAUUCAGCACAGAAAUCACAGAAGAGCGAAAGGCUAUUCAGUUUUGUUGGGAUCGUCUGCGGAAGCCAUUGGUAACGUAAGGGUUUAUGAAUUUGAAGUUUGUGGGUGUAACUCAGUAGCUUUGGGACUGUAUGCAGUAGUGGAUUAGUGUGAAAUUGCACUUGUUUAAUGGUUGAAUGUUAAGUAAUGUGCUUGGUCUUCGAUUUGAUGGAAAGUUGUUGCUUUAAUGGAAACUUGGAGAGAAUCUGUCUGAUUAUAUAGGAAGCGCCAUGACAUCACGAACUUUGAGGAAAAGGCUUCGUCAUGCGGAUGUUGAUGGGAAAAAGGUAGAACAUUUGGAGACGUCGGAGUCAGAUGAUCUUAAUGUGCCUCUAUUGGGGAAUUAUUCAGAUAGGCAUGCAGAGGAAACGACACUUGAAGAGAUCUGGGAUGAUGAGCGGAGAAAGGAACACCUCCAUUGGACCCUUCUGUUUUCUCAGUUGAUUGCACAGUGGGCACGGUGGUUAGCAAGUAUUGUUCUUGGAUCUGGAUCGCUUAUUGGACGACUUUUGACCUUCUUUUCAAGUACACAAAAUGGAGAAAGCGCUAAGUUGUUUGCUCCUCCCCUUAGUCCUUUGCAAGAAGCAAGACUCAGAUAUCUACGACAAAGGCUUCAAGUACCCUUUGAUGGUUCUCGCAUGGAGCAUCAAGACGCGCUCUUAGAGUUAUGGAGGUUGGCUUAUCCGGAUACGGAGCUCCCACCUCUUCAAUCAGACCUUUGGGAACAGAUGGGCUGGCAAGGUUCAGACCCUUCAACAGAUUUUAGAGGUGGGGGAUUUAUAUCAUUGGAGAAUCUUAUCUUUUUUGCCCGACAGUAUCCGGAAUCAUUCCAGAGAUUGUUGCACAAGCAAGAUGGAACUAGAGCUGAGUGGGAAUAUCCCUUUGCUGUUGCUGGCAUCAAUAUUUCUUUUGUCUUGGCACAAAUGUUGGAUCUUCAAUCAGCAAAGCCAACAACUUUGGCUGGAAUCCGUUUUCUGGAACUGCUUAAAGAAGAUGAGAUGGCAUUUGACAACCUUUAUUGUGUAGCCUUCCAGAUGAUGGAUGCUCAAUGGCUCGUAAAGCGUGCUUCUUAUAUGGACUUCAAUGAUGUCAUGAAGUCUACGACAAGUCAGUUAGAACGCGAGCUUGCACUCGAAGAUGUCUCCAGUGUAAAAGAUUUACCAGCAUACAAUCUGUUGAGAAGAUGAUCCUUUCUCUGUUGUAAAGCAAUUCUUUACUUUAGUGUUCUCACCAUCUGUAAUAUCAUAGAUGAAAUUCUAUCUGGAAAUUCCAGUAAGGUUACCAAUGCAAAGUACUUUCCUUA